GGCAGAAGUCCCGCGAUGUUUGGUUGAUGCUGGUCAGAUUCCUCAAUGAGUAACGUAGCUGGAGCAUCGGCCUCUCGCCAGGAAUUGUUUCGUGGAAAGUCGUUAAGUUAUGUUUGAAAUGUUAUGAUGGAAACUGAUGCUUGUGUGUAGUGCCUGAGAACAAGAGGAGCAGUUGGUGACUCGGAGACUAAACGUAUUAUAAUGGUUCUAAUGUCUAGCAUCCUGUUAUAUGGUUCUGCAUGUUAUUGCCUGAAAGAAUGUGAGAGGGGGGCGCUGUGAGGUGUGUGGGAGGAGAGAGAGCGAGGAAGAGCAGGCAGAUGUUGGUGUUGUUGUGGAGUGUUGAAUGUUGAGAGUUUCAAAAGAGCUCGUUAGUGUGUGCUGUGACUAAAACAACAGCAUGGAAGCCUGUUAAGUUAUUACAAAUAAAAGGACAUUGAUACCACAAGAACGUCUGGCUGCUUGUGUAGGAACGGAGAGUAUUACAGUAUUUUACCGUGUGUCACCUAAAACACAGGCCGCCGCUGAGUGACAGAGAAAAACGUUUUGGACCGUUUUUGUCGAUGUAAACACUGGAGCCAAAUGGAGGCUAAAUUUUAAAUUUUUAAUGAAGAGAUGAAUUUCGACGUCUCCGCUAACUCUCUCCUGAUUUUCCGUGCUUGCGAUGAGGGGGACUAUGAAACGGUCCGGGGCAUCCUGGAGCCGGGAGCCCCGAAGGAGUCCGGGCGGCAGAGCAGGCUGCGGUCAGAAGCGGGGUCGGAGUGCAACGCCGCGGGCAUGUCGUCGCUGGUCCCCGUGGAAUGUACCGACGAGGAGGGGAACACCGCCCUGCAGUUCGCCUCGGCGAGCGGCCAUGAGAACCUGGUGCGGUUUUUGCUACGGAAGGGGGCCUCGGUGGACAGCCGAAGCUGGACCCCGCUGAUGCAGGCUGCUAGGUUUGGUCACCUGAGUGUCGCCCACAUUCUUUUGGAGAACGGGGCAGAGAUAAAUGGACGCAACAGGCUAGGUGCAAGUGUCCUGACUAUGGCGGCCCGUGGGGGCCACACUCAUGUAGUGAAACUCCUCUUAGAGAGCGGGGCCUACGUCGAUGACUACGAUCACUUGGCUGUUUCUGCAGAGACAGUGUGCAAUGGGAACAACAACAACAGCUGCAGCGUGGCUGGUUUUGGAGGUGGUGAGGGCUGUCCAGGAGGAAGUGGCGGCAGAGAAUUCAUGGAUAUCACAGCCCUGAUGGUGGCGUGUCAGCACGGCCAUGAGGCCACAGUACGUCUGCUGCUAGAGUGGGGCGCUGAUGUCAACUUCUCUCAGAAGACCACCGGCUGGGGACCACUAAUGGUGGCCACUCUCAGUGGGAAGGUGGUUGUGGCUCAGCAGUUAGUGGAGCGUGGAGCUGACCCAGACCGAAUCAACGUUCUGUCCAAAACAGCCUUCGAACUCACCAUGCAGCUCAGGCAGAGAGACAUCAAGGCCUACCUGGAUGCCAUCACCACUGUGCGACCCCAGACAGACGAUGAGAGAAGGAGACCAGAUGUGUUCAGUGCCCUCAAGUUGGGAAAUUCCCAGCUUGUUAAAGAGAUCUUGGAGGAGGAUCCCGCUCAGGUAAAUUCAUCCAAUCAGGAGGGGGCGUCACCUCUGAUGAUGGCAGCAGUGAGCGGGCAGUUAGAAGUGGUGCAGCUGAUGGUGGAGAAGAAAGCCGACAUAGAUAAACAAGAUUGCGUCCAUGGGUGGACUGCACUAAUGCAGGCCACCUAUCAUGGUAAUAAAGACAUUGUCAAGUACUUGCUGAGUCAAGGGGCUGAUGUCAACCUUCGAGCAAAGAAUGGAUACACAGCCUUUGAUUUGGUUAUGCUGCUGAAUGACCCAGACACUGAGCUGGUGCGUCUGUUAGCAUCAGUGUGUAUGCAAGUAGAUAAGGACAAGUCGAAACACUGCAGCAGUCGCUCCAAAAUGAGUCACUCCAAAAGCCGACAGUCCCUCAACAAUGUCCCUGUGCCACCUGUGGACAAGGGUGACCUUAAGUCCUGGUGGAGUAGGAUGUCAAAUCGGUUCCGGCGCCUUAAGCUGACUCACACCCUGAGGCACGGCCUCUCAUCCAAUCGCCUGGCUCCAUUUCCCAACAAUGCUGAAACUCCACUGGAUGCCACGAUAAAGGCAAAUAUAAAAGUUACUGCUGGGUCUAAUGGCACGCUGGCACCAGCUCCUGUCCUGGGAGAGAACGAUGCCAGCAACACGUGGGCUGUCAAGAGUAAAGAUGCUGGUCUCUGCAGGGCAUCCUCAGAAAAGGAGGACCUCCUAAUAACCACAAUGCUGAGAAGUGGUGCACCCUUGACUCGGCUGCCCAAUGACAAACUAAAAGCAGUAAUCCCUCCCUUCCUCCCUCCCUCCAACUUUGAGCCAUGGAACUCAGACCGUUUACGCUUCCUCAGGAGCGAAGCGCCCCGCCUGCCCAUACCACCGCAAAGGAAACUCAACAGCAAUGGAAACUCGGAUAUUACGUCGAUCAGUCGUGUAGUUAGCAGGUCCAUUAAGUUUCCCAGCAUCCCCAAGGGGCCAUCCUCCUCCUCCCCUUCCAAUUCUGGUCACUACCACUCACCUCACUCCUCUGGAGGCUCCAAUGGAGUGGCAGGACUCAACCGGGAUUCUCACAACCGUUCAGGGGGCAGUGCAGACAGCGUUCUCUCCCAGAUAGCAGCUCAGAGGAAGAGAGCAGCAGGCCUGAUGGAUGCAAAGGUCCAGGCUUCAGAAAAACAGCCCAGCCAGACACAGGGCCAACCAGCACAGAGCCUGCUGCAGCCUGACAUCAGCCUCCCUGACAUCCACUCAAGAAGGAAGAUAGAGCUGAAGAAGAGACCUCAGUCAGGGAACUCCUCCACCUCCAAGAGCACGUCACCCACUCUGACCCCAUCUCCUUCGCCAACGCCCAAGCCUCCAGCUGGGCCGGGGGACUCUCUGUCAUCAGCCUCUUCCCAUCCUCGCUCCAAGAGCAGCGGUGGCUCCAGCAGUGGAACCAUUACUGAUGAAGAUGAGCUUUCUUGUAUCUUGAAGAAACUGUCCCUGGAGAAAUACCAGCCCAUAUUUGAGGAACAAGAGAAAACAGAUGGACCCAGGCAACAGAUCCUGGCUGCCAUAUCAGAACUCAAUGCUGGAAAGGGCCGAGAAAGACAGAUCCUUCAAGAGACCAUCCAUAACUUCCAGUCUUCCUUUGGUAGCAGUGCCAGUAACCCAAGACAACCAGCUCAGACAGGUGGGAUGAGACACCAGGCUCGUUCCUCUAACAAGAGAUAACUGGUAGCCCUGACCUAUCAGGAAACACGUCAAAGGCUCAUAGAGGUGCUAGUGCAAGGGAACGCUGCUAGCACAACGACCAAGCAGGCUCUGAUAAUUGGCCUUUAUAGGGCCCACCAGUACAGACCUCCCUGAAAGUAUUCCACUAUUGGAUCCUGUACCAGGGGAUGUGUGACAGAGUGCUGGCUGGCUCCAGCACCCUGCUGCAGGUCGUCAAAGCACGUGCAAAGUGUAUUUAUUUGACACAGUGAUUCAGUUGCCACAUCUAGUGCUAAUGCAGCACAGGGGUUUCACAGUUAGGUAGCGAAAGACAAGAAGAUAAGAGUGAGCAGAGAACAGUUUUGUUUUUACUGAACUAAUGUGAAUUAAUGCGAUGCAGCUUUUAUGUCUUGAAAGCGGCAAGUUAAAGCAGGAGAAAGGAAGUAUAAUAAUAUAAAAUAAACCAUGUUAGCCAAUAAUAAUUGCAACCAUUUUCUGGGGGAAGGGGUGCUCUCCCUCUCGCUUCCCUCUCCAGGUUUGGCACAUUGAAUGCUCAGUCAUAUGUGAGCUGGUAAGAGCACAGAAGAGCGAAAAUUACAUUUGGAAUGGAUUAACAUUGCUGUGGCAUGUGAGCAGAAAAUAGUGACUCAUUCAAUUUCCUCCCAGUUGUUUUUACUCAUACAGUUUUGACUGGAUUGAAUUACAUUUAACAAAUAUAGUCUCUAACUGUCAAUGCUGUAGCAAGCAACAACAGACAUACCUUAGAUCAUGGGCCCACAGAGGAUACAAAAUCAUCCAGAAGAUUAUUCCCUUAAUGAAUAACAAAACAGACAUCAUCUUAUUUUUUUCUGUUAAAGACAUGAUCCCAGUACAAGACAGAAUAUAGGAAAUUACAGGAAAUCGCCUCUCGUGCUUGAGUUCCAUUGAAAACACAAAAACUUUCCCCCACUGUAUUUCAACUCUUAGAAAUACACCAUUUUAAACUAUGGAUUGUUACUGUGCUUUGCUCCAGCAGGUGUAUGGAAAAUGUUGGGUUGGGGAUGAAGUACAAACCAAGUGGCUUACUCUCCCCUCAGGUUGACAAAGUGCCAGCAUUUCAGAGUCUUUUCCAGUGGCUUCAGUGCUGCUAUCAUGUAAUUCACUUUGUGGCCAUUGGCCUCUGGCAGUACAAGGCUAUGCGAUUUUCAGAGGUUCCUCACCUACGUAGGACGGUGACUUUGUUACCUUGUUUGUGUGCCAAAUUUGAAUGGUGGUGGCCAUGAACAUGAGAGAAAGUGAGGCUUGGUCUGCUAGUGCCUUUGACUGAGGGGGGAGCUGGGAUUGAAGGGCUGAGCCUUCUGGAACUUUCACUCCAAGCUGUAUAACUUUUAAAUAACAAUUAGAGCUAUAGUACAUCCAAUAGCAGGCAUGCACAACUAUAAUAAUCAUUGGUUCUGACUGUGCAAACAAUGUCCAAACAUUGCAAUCCACUGUCAACAUUUAUUUUGCAAAGUGACUCAUUUAGCUUGCAGGGUUUCCCAGCAUCCAGGAUGUUACACAACAGUGAAGCCCUUUUUUUUUACAUCUCUCUGUCUCCCUGGUUUGCUGUGUACUUCACACGGACAAAAACAAAUCCACAAAGCUGUGAUGGAGCAGAUUAAAGAGAGACUGAGAGGAUGGAGGAGGAAGACAGCCUCACUUUGACCCUUGUUCUGACCAUAACAUCCAAAUGUGCAUGAAGGAUCAACCCCCUCAGAGUCCAACACAUAAUUUUCCCUCUCAAACCAAUGGACACAGCUCUUGAUUUGGGUGAAUGAUUCAAAUAUUCACCCAGAGGUCAAACCAUACAGAUGACCAACUUUUCAUAACAGAUUUGAUCAGAAAGAAAUGUUAUUGCUUUGUUAUCUACCAGCUUGACAUAAAACUCAAUCUUAUAUCUAUUUUUGAUCAAUUUUGCUAUGUGCCACUGUGUAAAAUCAGGUGUAAAAUCAGAUGCCAAAUCACUUGGUGUACUGUAGCUCUUGACCAGAACUUGAUUAAAAUGGUAUUUGCAGUAACAAAGCCACAGGCAUAGAUGCUCAGAUGCUCUGGGACAGUAUUGCAUCCUUCAGGAGAAGCGCACACUUCUGAUGUCCUAAAACUACUUGGAUAAGAUAAAACAAGAUCUGCUCAAAUAUUUAAACACUUGUCAGGGUUUUUCUGUUCUGUGCUGAUUAUUUUUGAGGGCUAUACUGACACCACAGAUAAUGCACAGCCGCCAUGCAGUUCUAAGUUUUGUUAUAGUUGUAUCUUGUCGGAUCAUUUUGUGCAUCACGAGCUAUUUCUGUCAAAGUCCCAGGAAAAACAUCGACCUGUUCAGCUGUGGUAUGAAACACUUCUGAGUCACUGUGGCAGAAUUUCUGCAGGUAUGAAUAUGAACAACUGAAAUCAUGCUUUUGUUUUUUUAUGUACAAAAGCAUGGAUGCAUACAUGUACUGUACAGUAGGUCUGAACAGUAUUUCUGCAGGCCCAAAUGGUCAGAACAUAUUGUACAUCCUGUCCAACCUAGACUAUGCUGGUCUGAGUGAGGUCAUAUUGUUAGAAAUGGACAAAAUGUAGGCCAACAACUUAGAUUACACAUUUUCUCAAAUUGUUUCCUCACACAUUCACAAGGUUACUGAUGGAUAAGAACAUACUGGUGUGCCAAGACUGUUAUCCAUACUGUGGUUAAUUAUAUUUUGGCAGAUACUGAGAAAUCAUGACAUGACAAAUCAUGUUUGGUACUUUUCUGAUAUUGACCAUCCCAUUAAUUGUGAAUGUCCAUUAGUUUUAGACUUGUGAUAUCACAGCUCUGCAUGUCUCCUGAAAUCCCCCGGUGAUGCAAACAGAGACAUCUUAAUCAAUAAAAGCCACAUAUUUGCACCGGGCUGAUUGUUUUCAGUAUUUGGCUUUAUGGUCAUCAUUCUGAAAUGUGUAUUUAGCCUCAAACAGACAUGCACUCACACACACCCACACAACUGCAUGCAAAGGUAUGCUCCAGCAGCAUUAGCAGAGCUUUAAACCUGGGCUAAUCUGGAAUAAGCUUGACUAGUGUUGCAUUACAUUUGCAUGAAACUUUAAUUGCAGCACCUGACUGUGUUAACCAGGCCUUAGACCUCAACACCAUCCCUGGUGGACACUUUGACACAGCAGCGUGAUAAAACAGCAUUCUGCUCUGUCAAAGGUGCAAACCAACUGAUGUGUACUAGAGUUAUAUUUCAAAACAGCCAGGAGGGUAGGAAAAUUAUGAGGACUAAAUGACACGCCUCAGGUUUCCUUGUCAUAUCAACCACAAAAACAAGGCCACUGUGCUCCUAAUUUCAUUUACUGGCAUUACUGGGGACCAGUGGUGAUUUAUUUAGAACUCACCACACACUGCUAAAGGCCCUCUGGUCACUGCAGA